GCAACCAUUUUUCUUCGUCUCCGGAGACGCCAAACGCCAAAACUCUCGUCCGUCCCUACCCAAUCUUCAUCUUCCUUCCCGGGGACUAGCGUUCAUCUUCUUCGUCCACCAAAAGAAUCACCCAGAAGAAAAAAGGAACAUACUUUAUCAAACCCCAUCACUCUUUUAACAUCUGAAGUUAAGACCCACCAUGGAGAUUUGCUCAUCUCUGUCGCUUCCUCUCUCUCCUUCCUCUUCCCUCCCAAGACCACCUUCAACCUCACUCCCGCUCUCUUCUUCCUCCUCCACCUUCUUCUUCGACCCUCCUCCUCCUCCUCCUCCUCCUUCUUCUUCUUCGUCUCUUUCCAGAAGCAUCAAGACCCGCGAUUUGCGUCGCCACGGCAGCAAUUCGCCGGUUAUCGGGUUGGGCAGGAGGAGAAAUCAGAGGGCGAAGAGGGGUCUGACUUGCAAUGCCUUGUUCGGCCUCGGCGUGCCCGAGCUCGUUGUGAUUGCGGGCGUCGCUGCUCUGGUGUUUGGGCCCAAGAAGUUGCCAGAAGUCGGGAAGAGCAUCGGCAAGACCGUCAAGAGCUUCCAACAGGCAGCUAAAGAGUUUGAAUCAGAGCUAAAGAAAGAACCCGAGUCUUUGACAGAAACCUCUAUAGACAAGCCGAAAGAAGUGGCUGAGGAGGGCAAAAUCGAUUCAAGCUCAAAAGAGAGUAUAUGAGUGGAUGGAUCAGAAGAAUGUCGUUUGUUUUGGUACUUUUACUUUGGAAGGCUGUAAGGUGCAACGACAGGUUAUUACACAUUCAUGUAGAUUUAGUGUGUGAGAAAUUUUCACUUGCACGAGUUAGAUUAUCAUGGUUGCUUAGCACGAGCAACCGCUAGUUUGGAUGUCGAACAACUUGUUUGUGUACUAUUUUAAGAAUUUUGAUUUUUAUCCAGAUCCUAGUGAAUGGCCA